GGGUUCCUCCGAGCAGGUGUGCACGGGUGUGGGUGCCAUUGUGUGUGAGCGGGAGGAUGGGAGGCGACUGCCUGUGGCCCCGGUGCGGGUGAGCGUGGCAUCUUGCACCUCAGUGCAGCCGCCUGGCUUCCGGUGAAUAACUUGGGUAUGGAAUGGUGUCUGUCCCUGCAUGGGUGCAUAUGACCCCGCCAGUGACCAGAGUUGCUAAUGGUGUCAUGCACGCACUGGUCACCCCUCACGACGCUAGCGCCCCCUUCUGGGCACCCUACUCUGUGUGCCCUUACAGUUCGCUUGUGCAAGAGGGGGGGCCUGGGUCAGGAGCGGGGGCUAAGGAGAAAAACGGUCUGUGGAAGAGCUGAGCCGGGACCCCUGGGACCUUCAUGGAGGUGGCCUGGGAGCGCUCAGUUCCCAGGCUCAGGCUUCCAGCUGACGCCUCCAGGCCGCAGCGGCCCUCCACUCCCCACCCCUGCCCCAGGAAUGUUCCUCUCCUCUUCAGCCCGCCGUUCCAAGUGCAGGCCCCUGGGGACCGCCACAGCCCCGCCUUCCCUUCCCGGGCGCCCUGAAGGGGGCGAGGCGGGCAGGACGCCUGGGUUCUCUCCUCCCCCCUCCCAACUCAGGGAGAAAUUCCUCUGAGGUCCCCUCAGGCUCUGGGUUCCCAAAAUAACCCUGCGGGGGAAGGGAGGCUGAGGAGGGAGGGAAGCGGGCGAGGCGCAGAGCUGAGCUGCGGGGUGCUGCAGGUGCCUCAGGAGAGGGCGCGAGCAGAAUGGGGCCUGCGGCUGCCUGGGGCACCAGCUAGUCCCUGGAGUCCUGGCUCGUCCCCAUCCCCGUGGAGCCCCUCGGCCCUCCGGCCCUCCGGCGACUCCGAGGGUGGGCCGGAAGCCUCUCGGCUGGGGUUCGGUGCGAACCCGGUGGGAGGCUCCCGGAACGCAGCUUGGGCCCAGCCCACCCGCGCUGGCGGCCAUGGCGGGCACCCUGGACCUGGACAAGGGCUGCACGGUGGAGGAGCUGCUCCGCGGCUGCAUCGAAGCCUUCGAUGACUCCGGGAAGGUGCGGGACCCGCAGCUGGUGCGCAUGUUCCUCAUGAUGCACCCCUGGUACAUCCCCUCUUCUCAGCUGGCGGCAAAACUGCUCCAUAUUUACCAACAAUCCCGGAAGGACAACUCCAAUUCACUGCAGGUGAAAACGUGCCACCUGGUCAGGUACUGGAUCUCAGCCUUCCCAGCGGAGUUUGACUUGAACCCGGAGCUGGCUGAGCAGAUCAAGGAGCUGAAGGCUCUGCUAGACCAAGAAGGGAACCGCCGGCACAGCAGCCUCAUUGACAUCGAGAGUGUCCCCACCUACAAGUGGAAGCGGCAGGUGACCCAGCGGAACCCUGUGGGACAGAAAAAGCGCAAGAUGUCCCUGUUGUUUGACCACCUGGAGCCCUUGGAGCUGGCGGAACAUCUCACCUACUUGGAGUAUCGUUCCUUCUGCAAGAUCCUGUUCCAGGACUAUCACAGUUUCGUGACUCAUGGCUGCACCGUGGACAACCCUGUCCUGGAGCGAUUCAUCUCCCUCUUCAACAGUGUUUCGCAGUGGGUGCAGCUCAUGAUCCUCAGCAAGCCCACAGCCCCUCAGCGGGCCCUGGUCAUCACACACUUCGUCCUCGUGGCAGAGAAGCUGCUGCAGCUGCAGAACUUCAACACGCUGAUGGCGGUGAUCGGGGGCCUGAGCCACAGCUCCAUCUCCCGCCUCAAGGAGACCCACAGCCACGUCAGCCCUGAGACCAUCAAGCUCUGGGAAGGUCUGAUGGAACUAGUGACGGCCACAGGCAACUAUGGCAACUACCGGCGCCGGCUGGCAGCCUGUGUGGGCUUCCGCUUCCCCAUCCUGGGUGUGCACCUUAAGGACCUGGUGGCCCUGCAGCUGGCACUACCUGAUUGGCUGGACCCUGCCAGGACCCGGCUCAAUGGGGCCAAGAUGAAGCAGCUCUUUAGCAUCCUGGAGGAGCUGGCCAUGGUGACCAGCCUGCGGCCACCAGUGCAAGCCAACCCUGACCUGCUGAGCCUGCUCACGGUGUCUCUGGAUCAGUAUCAGACGGAGGAUGAGCUGUACCAGCUGUCCCUGCAGCGGGAGCCUCGCUCCAAGUCCUCGCCAACCAGCCCCACAAGCUGCACACCACCUCCCCGGCCCCCCGUGCUGGAGGAGUGGACCUCAGCUGCCAAGCCCAAGCUGGACCAGGCCCUCGUGGUGGAGCACAUUGAGAAGAUGGUGGAGUCUGUGUUCCGGAACUUUGACGUCGACGGGGAUGGCCACAUCUCACAGGAAGAGUUCCAGAUCAUCCGUGGGAACUUCCCUUACCUCAGCGCCUUUGGGGACCUCGACCAGAACCAGGAUGGCUGCAUCAGCAGGGAGGAGAUGGUCUCCUACUUCUUGCGCUCCAGCUCUGUGCUGGGCGGCCGCAUGGGCUUCGUACACAACUUCCAGGAGAGCAACUCCUUGCGCCCGGUCGCCUGCCGCCACUGCAAAGCCCUGAUCCUGGGCAUCUACAAGCAUGGCCUCAAAUGCCGAGCCUGUGGUGUCAACUGCCACAAGCAGUGCAAGGACCGCCUGUCAGUGGAGUGCCGGCGCCGGGCCCAGAGUGUGAGUCUGGAGGGGUCUGCACCCUCACCCUCACCCACGCACACCCACCAUCAUCAUCGCGCCUUCAGCUUCUCCCUGCCCCGCCCUGGCAGGCGAGGCUCCCGGCCUCCAGCAGAGAUCCGUGAGGAGGAGGUGCAGACGGUGGAAGAUGGGGUGUUUGACAUCCACUUAUAAUCGAUGCUGUGACUGGAUCAAGGACUCAUUCCUGCCUUGGAGAAAACACUUGGACCAGAGCAGGAAGCCUGGGGGUGCUGGGGCAGGAGGAUGGGGCUGGGGAGGGCAUGAGGGUGGCAUGCGGCUAAGGACAGGGCCUGGGCUGGUGUCCCUAAGGUUGUACAGACUCUUGUGAAUAUUUGUAUUUUCCAGAUGGAAUAAAAAGGCCCGUGUAAUUAACCU